AUGCCACCCAAACACAUCGCAAUAGUCACGAGCAGUACUCGCCGCCCACGCCUCAACCCCACCAUCACGCAGUACAUCUAUGACGUCCUCAUGCAAGACCCAACGAUCCCAACAAACCACCAGCCAACAAACACAGAAACAAUUCCAGGCUCAGGAAACUUGAACGAUCCAUCCAGCUCUGCAGCACAUACAACCUAUCAAAGCAAAGCCUCCCCCCUCUACGACGAAUCCGUCAUCCCCGCAAGUCUCCCCGCAGAAAACCCAACGCCGCACUACAGCAAAAAGCACACGCGCGACUGGUCCGCAACCGUGAAGCAAUACGACGCUUUUAUCUUCGUCACGCCACAGUAUAACUGGAGUAUACCAGCCAGUCUGAAGAACGCACUUGACUACCUAUUCCAUGAGUGGAAGGGUAAACCCGCGGGCAUUGUUUCGUACGGAUCGCGUGGUGGCGGGAAAGCGGCGGAUCAUUUGCGUGGAAUUCUGACGGGGCUGAGGAUGAAUGUUGUUGGGACGGCGCCUGGAUUGCCGGUGAGAUUUACGGGGUUGCCGGUUGGUUUGCUUUCGGAGGAGGAGGAGCGGGUUGAUGUUGAUGAGAGGGAUUUGGAGGGGUGGAGGAAGGCGGGUGUUGAGGGGAUGAUGAGGAAUCUUGUUAUGGAGAUUGUUUGUGAAUUGGAUAAGGGGAGGUGA